AUGGAGACAAGGUGGCUUCCACCCACAUACCAUCAAGAUGCACUCAAAAGGUUGUACAUGUUGAAGCAAGGGUUGAAAAGUGUGGAAGCGUACUUUGAUGAGUUUGAGGAUUUGAGGAUGAAGUCCAAGAUAGAAGAGCAUGAAGAGUACACUAUUAUAAGGUUUGUAGCCAACAUGAAUCGAGACAUCUCUAAACCGAUGAGGCUCAAAACCUAUAAUAGUCUUGAAGAGGCAUUCCAUGAUGCAUCCAAGGUUGAAGCGGAUCUAAAAGAAGAGAGGUCCUACAAAGACAAAAGCAAAUCAUCUUCAACUUGGAACAAAGGCAAAGAAAAGUGGAAAACUUCCACUUGGGAUAAGCCCAAGAGCAACACUCAAGCACCUCAAGCCAAAUUUGACUACAAAGCCAAAGGUGAUGACAAGGCUAAAGGAGGUAAUAAUUCUAACACCAACUAUAACCGACCUUCUACCAUCCAAUGCUUUAAGUGCCAAGGGAGAGGGCACAUUGCUAGUGAGUGUCCCAACCGGAGGACUAUCACUAUAGUGAGGGAUGGGUAUCGAACCGAUGAUGAACAUGAGGGCGGGGAUGGUUGUGACGAAGAGGGAGAACGAAGUAAGUGUGAGGGUGAUUCCGAUGAAGAGGUUGAGAUAAGGUAUGAAGAAGCCUUGAAUCAUGCUAUUGUUGCUAGAAGAGCCAUGGGGGCUCUAGCUAGGGAAGAGAGCGACCAAAGGGAGAACUUAUUUCAUGCACGAUGCAAAAUUGUGGAUAAGGUGUGCUCCUUAAUCAUUGAUGGUGGAAGUUGUACGAAUGCCGUUAGCCAAUUUUUAGUUGAAAGUAUGAAAUUCCCCACCCGCAAGCACACUAAUCCCUACAAACUCCAAUGGUUUAAUGAAUGUGACGAAAUGAGGGUCAACAAGCAAGCCAUUAUCAAAUUUAGCAUUGGCAAGUACAAAGAUGAGAUUUUGUGUGACGUGGUACCCAUGCAAGCUUGCCAUCUAUUUCUUGGAAGACCUUGGCAAUUUGAUGUUGAUGCCCAACAUAGUGGGAGAACUAACAAGUACUCAUUUGUGGUCAAGGGGAAGAAGUACAUUCUUAACCCACUAACCCCUUACCAAGUGAGUGAGGAUUAUCGGGUGAUGAGGGAGCUUCGGGAGAAGCAUCAAAGGGAAGAAAAGGAGAAGGGUGAGAAGGAGACUUUGUUGGUCAUAAAUGGAGAAGGGACAUCGCAAGAUGGUUCCAAGAAAUGUUUGUUGGCCAAACCAAGUAAUUGUUUAAAAGGGGUUGACGAGAGACACUUGAUGGUGUGUCUUUUCAACAAAGAUCUUCUCCUAAAUGCUAACCAAGCUACUAGCACUUUGCCUAGUAGUAUGUCUUCUCUUUUGCAGGAAUAUGAAGCCUUGUUCCCGGAGGAGAUGCCCGAUGGCUUACCUCCCUUGAGAGGUAUUGAGCACCAAAUCGACUUUAUACCGGGUUCCCAAAUUCCCAACAAACCGGCUUAUAGGAGCAAUCCGGAAGAAACAAAAGAAUUGCAAAGGCAAGUGGAUGAGCUCCUUAAAAAGGGGCUAGUGAAGGAGAGUCUUAGUCCGUGUACCGUUCCGGUGAUUCUUGUUCCAAAGAAAGAUGGCACUUGGAGAUUGUGCAUUGAUUGUAGAGCCGUCAACAAAAUCACGUGGCUAUCACCAAAUUCGAAUGAGCCCCGGAGAUGA